AUGCGCAACACCACACUUCUAGCACUCGUGCUGCCACUCAUCACUCUCGUCUCUGCACAGAGUUCAGCAGAUUCCAUUCCCGCAAGAUGGGGCCAGGCUUCCGCUCUCGUCGGCUCCUACUUUGUUGUCCAAGGGGGUAAGACGCAGGGCACCACCGGCGGAGGAUAUACCUACAAUUCUGCGCCCAGCGAUGCCCAAAUGUAUUCCCUCGACUUGUCUUCGACUUUCUCCCUGUCUUCACCGCCAUGGCAACCAGUCUCGCUGCAACAAGGCACUACCGCCGCGCCGCCUGUCUCUUUUCACACCAUCUCUCCCCUCAAUGCCACGUCCCUCUUACUCUUCGGUGGAGAUGCCAGCCCCCUUGUCCCUGUGCAGACAGGCAAUGAUUCCGCCUACAUCCUUCAUCUUGGCGGCUCCAAUACCAAUCGCACGGUCGCAUAUCAGCCCGUGCCUGCUGCAUGGGACCAACCAAUGCGCAGAAUCGGCCACACGAGCGAAAGCAAUACACAAGGCUCAGUUUGGAUUGUGGGAGGCGAGAAAGCAGACGGCUCCGGCAUCCAACUCAAUCAGCAGUGGAACAUCGACUCAUCCGCAUCUUCACCUUCAUUCCAGCUCCUCUCCUCUUCGCCACCUGGCAGUCUCGUAGGAGCCACCUCCACUUUACUCAGUGAUGGUACGCUCCUUCUUCUCGGUGGUGUUGACGCUUCAGGCCAACUUCAGUCUAUGCAGAACCCCUACGCCUACUCGAGCAAGUCUAGCAAAUGGUCUCAAGCCGCCACCCAAACCUCCAACAACUCGUCGCUAUCGGCACGUCAGAGCGCCUUCCCUGCACCUCGCCGCAACCACAUUGCCGUCAGUCUCCCCAACCAGCGCAUUUUCAUACAAGGUGGUGCCAGCGCCGAUCUCUCCACUGUUUACAGUGAUGCUUGGAUCCUCGACUGGAGCGCCAACCCACCCGUCUGGACUCUCCUCAACGACACUGGCGGUCCUGGCCCUCGUUUUGGACAUUCAGCUGUAGCGUACGGUAGGAACGUCCUCAUUUCAUUCGGUUGGACAGGUGGAAACGCAGCACCCACAGGACUUCAUCUCUUCGACGCAACUUCUUUGACGGCGAGUGCUGUCAGCAAAGGUAGCUGGCAAGGAGGAAGCUGGUCUGAGACCACCUACACUCCCGACCCGCAGGCAUCUUCUCCUUCUACUUCAGCUCCAAACUCCGGCUCAUCCAGCGGCUCGUCCACCACUGGCUCGUCGACAAGCGCCAACGGCUCCAGUUCAAGCUCUGGGGGCAACGCUCCCUCAUCGUCCAGUGACGCGAACUCUGGAAGCGACAGUAGUUCGAGUGGCGGAACCGACACUCAACCGGGCACUUUCCCCACUGGCAAUGUUUCGCAUGGCGGUGAUGGACCUGCCAGCACCGACAGUGACAGUGGCAGCAGUGGUGGGGCCAAGGCAGGCGCCGCUGUUGGAGCGAUCGUUGGAGUCGGUCUCGUCCUCGGUGCUGGCUAUGCAAUCUACCGCCGCCGCUCUCUCAACAACUAUCGCCGCUACGGCGACGCAUCCGUAGGUCUACUCGGCUUUGCAGGUCGUCGCACAGGCGGCAGCGGCUUUGCAGAUGACGAUCAUCUGAUGAUGGAGAAAGGGUACGUGCAGAGCGACUACGAUCGACCCUAUCACCGCGCAGACGGCGGAGCUGAAUUGGCAGGUGGCAUUGCAUACGGCAGAAAGCGUGGACGCAGCGAAGGUUCACCCUGGGCUGCCGCAAAUCUAGGCCAUGCUAUGGAAGGAUCAGGGCCACACUUCCGCGAACGCAUCGCCAUCCUUGCCGGUCGAGGCAAACGGGACACGCAGCUGGGUCCACGCUUCGACAUGCUUGCCGACGAAGGUGACGGCAACAGCCUCUUCCGCCCCCAUGGCGCCAAUGGUUCGGGUCAUACUUACGAUCACGAGCUCGAAGAGGCCGAAAGUCCCGUGUGGCACGACCGUCAUCUUCGCCACCAUUCCUACGCCCACGUUGGCGCCGAGGACCUCUCGAGUGGCGAUAUUGGCCGUCUUCAGCACGAGGGCGACGAGGACCCCACCGAGCUCGACAUGUACUCUCCAUUUGAGGAUAGGCCAGAGGACAUGCGAGCGGGGCGUACAAUGUUUGCUGCCACUGCAGUGGCCGCAGCAACAAGUGGACGAGGUUAUGGAAAGCUGGCGGAUCGCGAAAUGGACAGCAUCGGCUACGAUGACGAGCGUCUUUCGUACGAUGGCCGAUCGGAUUUCGACACGCACGAGGAUCCGUCAUCUGGGCCAUCGAUUCAGUCUCACAGCACAGCUAGCAAGAGCGAUGUGCCCAGCUCGUCGAAAUCGCAAGACGUGCUCUCUCCAGGCGGCAUUGUUUCCUUUUCCGACGCGAGCAGCCGUGGUCGUCACAGUGGCAACAACACGAUGAAGCGCAGUCCGACUUGGUGGGACCGUUUCAUGGGCACCUCGAGUAUGGAGCGAUCCGCAUCUGGCCGAUUCCUCACCGGCCCCAACGCCCAGAUCCCGAUUCGAGACCCGGCGCCUCCUCCGCUGAGCGGGUUGGAAGCCAUCACCGAGUCGCCUCGCUCGCGCGAAGUGUCUGAAGCUCGACCACAGGAUCCAUUUGCCGAUCUUGGCGGCAAGAUCCGGUCCUCUACCUAUGCAGGAGGCGAACCCGACGAGAUGGGUCGUCGCGUUGCCACCGAUGCCAAUGGCAACGAUGCAGCCGAAGCCUACGCAGCACACGCACAGGGGCACUCGCUGUCCAGCAUCGGAUCAGCGCGUACGGGUGCUUCGUCACACUUCGAAUCGCGACUGCGCGGCAUGGACGUCAUCCAACGCGUACGCACAGGCAGCAGUCGACGCACCCAAUCCACACGCGUUGGAAGCACCAUGAGCGACACAGACAGCGAGCCGGCACUGAGUCGCGGACCGACGCUGCUUCGACCUCGCAAUGUGGCCAGCUCGGAUGCGUUGAGGGAAGAGAGCGACUCGCAGUCCACGCCCGGCUCAGUGGUUUGGAGGCCCGAAGAUUUCCUCCCUGGCGCUGGUUCGACCAAGGAGCUGGAAGACUUGGCCGAGGAGGAAGAUGUCACGCUUUCCACCAGGGGCAAGGACGGCUCUCCACCACCGCUAGCAGCAAGACAUACGCGUCGCCAGUCCAACAUCUCGGAAACCCCCUCGAUCACACCGCUCACCACCAAACGUGCGCGUCUGAACCCGGUCAUGAUCUCGCCGCUAUUUCCGUCUGCCCACCCGCACCGCCCGAGCCAGCCGCAUGCGCUUGCGGCAGCAGGCGCAGGAGCAGGAGCAGGAGCGAAAACGAGCACCAGUGUCAAGGACAAAGUGAAAGCCUUCGAGUCUGCCACCACUGCCGCUGACACCGUGGCGUCAUCCGCUUGGACCGCGAGUCUGUCCAGCGCCAAAUCGGCGCGUACACCACCGCCACCGCUGAUCAGCACGCACACCACCGGUGGUGGUGAGGGCGGUGGCGAAGAACCGCUCGGCGACAGAGCGACGUCGCCCCAGGGAUCACAGAGAGCAAAGAAGCAGAAGUACCUCUUGACGCAUGGCUUGGCGCCGAAACCUCAGCUCUUUGUUGCAAACCCCGACGCGGGCCGACGCAACACCUCGGACGACAGCCAACCCUGA